ACGUAAGCUCGCUUCCAUCCCACUGCUGCCGUAGAUCGCGACGACUCCGUAAGUCGUCCACUCCGUUUCUCUUUUGUCACCCUCAGAAGCCCCACCACCACCACCACCACCACCGUCGCCCUCCCUCCACCUGCUCCGUGGCUGUCAGCGGUCCUUGUUCGCUUGCUGAUCCCUUUUCUGAACACGAACGGCGCACUUUCUUUAAAGUUCUUUGAGGCGUGUUGCGUCGGUGGGCACGUCCUCUCCCGCUCUCCCGUCCUCUUCCCUCUCCGGCUGGCUCUCUCCCCUCUGGCGGCCCUUCUCCGUGGGGGUUUGAUUGCGAGCACCGAUCGGGGGGGGCCGGAACGGGAUGUGAUUCUUGCGCUGACAUUUAUAACCCAACCACCCACCUACUACCGCCCCCGUCUUUCGUAUUCCUCCCGAUCCUCCUCCCCUCCCUUUUAAUUUCGACUGCCCCACUCCGCCCUUCUUUUAUGUUUUGACCCCAACCCGCACCCGAGAAGCGUACGUUUCGAAAGGGAUGGGCCGGAGAAAGUUCUGAAUUUUUUUGCUUCUCUCCUUUUUUUCCCACCCUACCCUCCUUUCUUUAUGUUGUGCGGAUUCUUUUCGCGGGAGGAAUCGAAAUGGGUUCUUGCUGUUCGAGGCCGGGAGGGCAGGGCCGGAGCGUGGUGGGGGUUGCGGCCGAGGGAGAUCCCACGUCGGCAGGGGUGGCGGCGCGUGGGCCGGGCUCCGGCUCCGGGAGGUGGAAGAAGAUUGGGAGCUUGAGCAAGAGGAGGUCUGCGAACAACGACCAGCUGCUGAACCAGAGUCAGAUUCAUGUUGCUGGGAAGAUGUGCGUGAAUGGGGCUAGCGAUGUGGCUUGCGUGUACACGCAACAGGGCAAGAAAGGUACCAAUCAAGACGCCAUGGUUGUUUGGGAGAAUUACAGUUCAAGAAGUGAUACAGUAUUCUGUGGAGUAUUUGAUGGUCAUGGUCCUUUUGGUCAUAUGGUUGCCAAGAAAGUUCGAGAUUCUCUCCCACUUAUACUCUGUACCCAGUGGACUGCCUCUUCAAGUGUUGAUGAGAGCGACCUUGCCAACAACAAAAAUUCUCCCAGUGGUACAACUAAUGAGGAAGGUGCUAUAGUUGCCUCAGAGGAUCAGUGGUCUGAGUCCUGGGCAAUUGAAGAAAAGGAGAGACUUCCUGAGGUGCUUCUUCCACUUAGACAGUCAAUGUUAAAAUCUUUCAACUUAAUGGACAAGGAAUUGAAGUUGCAUCCAACCAUCGACUGUUUCUGCAGUGGAACAACAGCCGUUACCUUGAUAAAGCAGGGGCAGCAUCUUGUGAUAGGAAACGUCGGUGACUCUAGAGCAGUACUUGCAACAAGGGACGAAGAUAAUUUGUUGGUUGCUGUCCAACUGACUGUGGAUUUGAAGCCAGAUCUUCCAAGGGAGGCAGCGAGGAUACAAGAGUGCAAAGGCAGGGUUUUUGCCUUGCAAGAUGAGCCAGAGGUUGCACGUGUUUGGUUGCCAAAUAAUGACUCACCUGGUUUAGCCAUGGCUAGAGCUUUUGGGGACUUCUGUCUCAAGGACUUUGGCUUGAUAUCAGUCCCAGAUAUCUACUAUCGCCACCUUAGUGAAGGAGAUGAAUUCAUCAUUAUGGCCACAGAUGGGGUUUGGGAUGUUCUAUCAAAUAAGGAAGCCAUUGACAUAGUGUCGUCAGCACCCUCGCGUACAACAGCUGCUAGAGCCCUUGUUGAUUGUGCAGUUCGUGCCUGGAGGCUUAAGUACCCUAAUUCGAAGACUGAUGAUUGUGCAGCGGUAUGCCUCUUUCUGGACCAUUUGCCCUCAAGGGAAGCUUGGCCCAUGGGUGAGAUGGCGAAAAAUCCAGAGCCACCGGUCAUAACAGUGGCAGUAACCGCUGAUAAAUCAGAAGCCUUAGAUAUCAAUGGUGAUUGUCGUGAUCUUGAAUUCGAGCACGCAAGUGCUCGAGGCACUGAUGAGAUUGUCCCAGUCCCUGAACAUUCAGAGGGGAAAGUUUCUGGAAAGCUCCGAGCACACUCCAAGAGGAGCCUUGCAGAGUGCAUUUCCACGACCGAGGACGAAGAGUGGUCGGCUUUGGAAGGUGUUACCCGGGUCAAUAGUCUGCUUAGCCUUCCCAGGUUCUUAUCGAGGGAUGCAAGAUCGACCAGUUGGCGAAAAUGGUUGCCAGACUUUUAAUACAGUUGAGGCCCGAUCCUGCUAUUUCCUGCAUAAUUAUCGAAGGAUAUCGCCAUGACGAAAGUUGUGCAGGAUUAGUGGAUUGACGUAUACAGAAGUGUCUAAGUCGGUUCCUAUAAAAUAUGUGGCCAGGAGCUGUAUUAUAUUUUUGGGGGCAUAGCUCAUAGAAUGAUAAAUCUGUUUGUUAUUGCUUAAUCGCGCUUCGGUUGUUGAUGCUUUGUCAAUCUUUCUUUUCCAGACAUUUCGCUUUUAGACAGUUGUUCAUAGAAAAAUUUUCCAUGUCCAUUUCCUUUUC